UAAGGUUAGAUAACCUUAGGAGGUACACGUUUCAGUAUGUCAACCGAAAAGAAGGUAUCAGAUGUCACGCAGAAAAUAUCUGAAAUGGACAUGGAGGAGACGGGGAAGAAACUGACACAUAAAGAAAAGAAAAAAUUGAAAAAACAGCAGGAAUAUGAGAAAACGAUGGAAAUGUUAACGAAAACCGGUGGUCAGGGUCACAGUGAACUCGAGAGCAAUUUCACAUUAUCUCAGACUCAAACUCAACAGCGCACUAAUCAACAAUUAGAACAUGCAGUUGACAUAAAAGUGGAAAAUUUUAGUAUAGCAGCUAAAGGAAAGGAACUUUUCACUAAUGCCAGCUUAUUAAUUGCACAGGGUAGACGUUACGGUUUAGUAGGACCAAAUGGCCAUGGCAAAACUACCUUGUUGCGUCAUAUUGCAAACAGAGCAUUUGCUAUUCCACCUAAUAUUGAUGUUUUAUAUUGUGAACAAGAAGUUAUUGCUGAUGAUACUCCAGCUGUGGAAGUAGUACUCAAUGCAGAUGUAAAGUGUAAAGAAUUACAGGCAGAGUGCAAAAAAUUAGAAGAAUUAAUAGAACAAGGAGAUACUUCUGUUCAAAGUAGAUUACAAGAGGUUUAUGAGGAAUUGAAAAUUAUUGGAGCAGAUUCUGCAGAGCCACGUGCCAGAAGAAUUCUUGCUGGUUUAGGUUUUAGUAAAGCCAUGCAAGAUCGUGCGACGAAAAAUUUUUCGGGUGGUUGGCGUAUGCGUGUUUCUCUCGCUAGAGCUUUAUUCUUAGAACCCACAUUGUUAUUACUUGAUGAACCAACGAAUCAUCUGGAUUUAAAUGCUGUUAUUUGGUUGGAUAAUUAUCUUCAGGCUUGGAAGAAAACAUUACUGAUUGUUUCCCAUGACCAAAGUUUUUUGGAUAAUGUGUGUACAGACAUCAUUCAUUUAGAUCAGCAAAAAUUAUUUUAUUACAAAGGAAACUAUAGUAUGUUUAAGAAGAUGUAUGUACAAAAGAAGAAAGAAAUGAUUAAAGCAUACGAAAAGCAAGAGAAACGGAUCAAGGAUCUUAAAGCUUCUGGGCAAAGUAAAAAACAAGCUGAGAAGAAACAGAAAGAGGCUUUAACUAGGAAACAAGAAAAGAAUAGAACGAAAAUGCAAAAGCAAGAAGACGAUACAGCUCCUACGGAAUUAUUACAGAAACCUAGAGACUAUAUAGUGAAAUUUAGUUUUCCGGAUCCACCGCCUUUACAACCGCCGAUUCUUGGUCUUCAUAAUGUGACGUUUUCGUAUGAAGGACAAAAACCUUUAUUUAUUGAGGUGGAUUUUGGAAUGGACUUGAAUUCUAGGAUAGCUAUAGUAGGACCCAAUGGUGUUGGGAAAUCCACGUUUUUAAAAUUAUUAACUGGUGACUUACAACCACUUAAAGGAGAAUUGUCAAGAAACCAUCGAUUGAGGAUAGGCAAAUUCGACCAGCAUUCUGGUGAACAUUUAACUGCCGAAGAAACACCGUCGGAAUAUUUGAUGCGAUUGUUCAAUCUUCCUUACGAAAAAGCUAGGAAACAAUUAGGAACAUUUGGACUUAGUUCUCACGCCCACACGAUUAAAAUGAAGGAUUUGUCCGGUGGCCAAAAAGCGCGAGUCGCUUUGGCAGAAUUGUGUUUAAAUGCACCCGAUGUUGUAAUUUUGGACGAACCGACGAACAAUUUAGAUAUCGAAUCCAUAGAUGCUCUAGCUGAUGCCAUCAAUGAUUAUAAAGGAGGAGUUAUCAUUGUUUCUCACGACGAGCGUCUGAUCAGAGAUACAGAAUGUUGUUUGUAUGUAAUUGAAAAUCAACAAAUUAACGAGAUCGAUGGAGAUUUCGAUGACUAUAGGAAAGAACUGUUGGAAAGCUUGGGAGAAGUUAUUAAUAAUCCAAGUAUAGCUGCAAAUGCUGCUGUUCUACAAUGAUAAUAUUGGCUCUAUAGGAUAGAAAUUUUCUCAGUGGCCUGCAAACAUUCUUUCAGACUCAAAAACUCGUACAUAGCAUUAAAUUUCCGUACCUAUCGAUUGAUUUUCCUUAUGAAGAUUUUAGUAUCAACUUUACAUUGUGAAUACGCAUUGGGUGCUUUGAGUGCAAAAUAUUAUUUAUAUUUUAAGAUAGUCAAAGUUUAUAUAAAAUUUGUCUAAUAGGACUAUUGAAUACAAUGAGU